AUUAUUUUAUUAUAUUAUCAUUCUUAAAAGUGGUUUGGAAUGUAUGCUGAAUGAGAGAGUUCAAAAUUUAGAAAAGAGAGAGAGAGAGAUGGAGAGUUCAGCGUCAGAAGUUAGAAGUCCUCUAGUGUUAGAGGCAAUUCCAAAUAGAGAAAGAUGGUGGAGAAGGGCAAUGGACUUGGAAGAAUCGAAGCAUCAAAUAGUGUUCGCCUUACCAAUGAUUCUCACCAACGCCUCUUUCUAUUUCAUCCCUCUCGUCUCCGUCAUGUUUUCCGGCCACCUCGGACAGCUUCCCCUCGCCGCCUCUAAUCUCGCCAACUCUUGGGCCUUCGUCACCGGCCUCUCUUUCAUGAUUGGCCUAAGUGGUGCACUUGAGACACUAUGCGGACAAGGAUAUGGCGCAAAGUUGUACAAGAUGAUGGGGAUUUACCUCCAGACAUCAUGCAUCAUAACCUUUGUUUUCUGCGUCAUUGUGGCUAUUAUUUGGUACUUUUCUGAUUCCAUUCUGAUUUUACUACACCAAGAACCUCAAAUAGCACACAUGGCUGGCCAGUACCUCAAGUUUCUAAUACCCGGAUUGUUCGCCUACGGUUUUGUGCAAAACUUGCUUAGAUUUUUACAAACACAAACGGUUGUUUUACCAUUGGUCGUGUGUUCAAUGGUGCCGUUAGUAAUCCACAUCGGCAUCGCAUAUGUUUUGGUUCGGUUAACGAGUUUAGGUUUCAAGGGGGCACCCUUGGCUGCUUCCAUUUCGUUGUGGAUUGCGUUUCUUAUGUUAAGCGCUUAUGUAAUGUUUUCGGAGAAAUUCAAGCAUACUUGGACGGGAUUUUCAUUUGAGUCAUUUGAUCAUAUCUAUAAAACCUUGAAGUUGGCCCUGCCCUCUGCUGCUAUGGUGUGCUUGGAAUAUUGCGCUUUCGAGAUUCUGGUGUUGUUGGCAGGCAUUAUGCCAAACUCGGAAAUAACAACUUCACUUGUUGCCAUGUGUGUGAAUACUGAAGCCAUAGCCUACAUGAUCGCAUAUGGUCUUAGCGCAGCUGCCAGCACCAGAGUCUCCAAUGAGUUAGGAGCCGGGAAUCCUAACCAAGCCAAGCACGCCAUGUUUGUUGCUCUCAAGUUGUGCAUUCUUUUGGCUAUUGCAACCGCCCUUUUUCUAAUUUUUGGUCACGAUGCAUGGGCCAGUCUCUUUAGCAAUAGCUCGGUUGUAAUAUCAAAUUUCAGUUCAAUGACGUACCUUCUCGUUACAUCGAUCAUAUUCGAUUUUGUCCAAGGAAUCUUAUCAGGGGUGGCUAGGGGGUGCGGUUGGCAGCACUUGGCUAUGUGCAUAAACUUGGCAACAUUUUAUUUCAUUGGAAUGCCAAUUGCUGCACUCUUUGCUUUCAAGUUGAAACUCUAUGUCAAGGGGUUGUGGAUUGGAUUGAUCUGUGGUCUGGUUUGUCAAGCUUGCGGUUUGUUGUUGCUCUCCAUCUUCACCAAGUGGAGCAGACUGGUACUCUCAACUACCAACAAUAAUGAAAAACCAUUAUUGGCUUAACUCAAGCUAGCAUUAUAUUAUUAUGAGCUUCUUCCUAAUAUUACUCUAUUUGUACGUUUUGGAGAAUUCCAAGUAGGUAGUUUAAUGCAUUCUCUAUCAGGUUGAGAGCGUUACUAUAUAGUAAGCUAUACUUUAAUUUUUAUUUAAUGAUUCCUUGACGAUAAAAUAAUUAUGAGAAUAUCAUCACUUUUUUGUAAGGG